UUGCCCCUUUACAUCUUUUUAUCCUUGCUCACAAUAUUAAAAUAGGGCCCCGCGCCGCUAUAUCGAAAAUUACUCUAAAGCAUUGUUGUUAAACUGUCGGAGUAAACAUAACCGUGUUUCGGGCAGAGUACGCAGGAUGUGUGUAGGAGUGCAGCAGGUCUCCGCCUGUGCAGCCCAGCGGUGAGGCUGAGGCGCAGUUCAGGCACCAUCACCGGCGGAGCGAUACCACCAUCUCCUCUCAGCCCCGGUUUAUCAGACGGAGAGUGUGUGGCUCACUGUACCUGAGAGAACCGUGAUGUACCAUCGAAAAGGGAGCAGAGGAUCAAAACUAGACCAAGGCUGUCUCUAACGCUUUGAGAUGCAGAGGCGUAUCGCUCCAACGUUACGAAUUAUCUCCCUGAGCUGGCUGCUGCUGGUUUUUAACAACUGAUGAAGAUAUAUUUUUUAAUUUUGAUGCGCUUCUGUGGAUGAAUAUGUUUAUUCUGGUGCUGUGGUGUACUGCGUGAGUCAUCGUCGGCGAGCGGGAGCUGUUGUCAGGGCUCGUUGACAUGUGUUCCCCCUGAGCUCGGUGGAGCCUCCCUCGGUGGUGUAGUGGCAGGAUGCCAGUGCAGGCGGCCCAGUGGACGGAGUUCCUGUCCUGUCCCAUCUGCUACAAUGAGUUUGACAGCAGCGGCCACCAGCCCAUCAGCCUGGGCUGCUCCCACACGGUGUGUAAGACCUGCCUACACAAACUCCACCGCAAGGCCUGCCCCUUCGACCAGACACCCAUCAGCACCGACAUCGACCUGCUGCCGGUCAACUGUGCCCUGCUGCAGCUGGUUGGAGCUCAGGUCCCAGAUGUGCAGCCGGUGAGCCUGAGCAGUGCAGCAGAAGUCGAGAACUAUGAGGCGUGCAAGGUGUUCGUGGAAGAGCUGGCUCUCUACCUGAAACCCAUCAGCGGAACAAAAGAACUGUCACCUUCUGCAGGUGUGGCGACUCUGAGUCCCAGUGUGCUUAGCCGGCCGAUGCAGAGGAAGCUGGUGACCUUGGUGAACUGCCAGCUGGUGGAGGAAGAGGGCCGUGUGCGGGCAGUGCGGGCAGGCAGGUCCCUUGGGGAAAGAACCGUAACCGAGCUCAUCCUGCAGCACCAGAACCCCCAGCAGCUCUCUGCCAACCUCUGGGCAGCGGUGAGGGCGCGGGGCUGCCAGUUCCUGGGACCUGCUAUGCAAGAAGACGCUCUGAAACUAGUUUUGCUGGCUCUGGAGGACGGCUCAGCUUUGUCCAGGAAGGUGUUGGUUUUGUUUGUAGUUCAAAAGCUCGAGGCUCGCUUCCCCCAGGCCUCCAAAACCAGCAUAGGGCACGUGGUGCAGCUCCUCUACAGGGCCUCCUGCUUCAAGGUGACUAAGCGAGAUGAAGACUCCUCGCUGAUGCAGUUGAAAGAAGAGUUUCGAACCUACGAGGCUCUCCGGAGAGAACAUGACGCUCAGAUUGUCCACAUCGCCAUGGAGGCAGGACUACGAAUUUCACCCGAGCAGUGGUCCUCUCUGUUGUACGGAGAUUUGGUCCACAAAUCACAUAUGCAGUCCAUUAUAGACAAGUUGCAGUCUCCGGAGUCGUUUGCCAAAAGCGUUCAGGAACUGACAAUCGUUCUUCAGAGGACAGGAGACCCUGCCAACCUCACAAGCCUUAGACCGCACCUAGAACUGCUUGCCAACAUAGACCACAACCCAGAUGCCCCGGCACCAUCAUGGGAGGAGCUGGAAAGUGUGAUGCUAGCUGUGAAGUUGGUAGUUCAUGGACUUGUGGAAUUCAUACAGAACUUCAGCAAGAAGAGCCACGACACUCCACAGCCUCAGGCCAACAGCAAGUACAAGACCAGCAUGUGCAGAGACCUGCGUCAGCAGGGAGGCUGUCCCCGAGGAACCAACUGUACUUUUGCACACACACAGGAUGAACUGGAAAAAUUCAGACUGAGAAACAAGAAGAGCAUCAGCUCUGGCCGUGCAUUCCCGUUGUCACCAGGGGUUAUGGGUAAAACCUUCACCAUGGAGGGCGGCAUCCAUGAAGAUUUGUCUGCAGGCGUGGGGCAGGGGCUCAAAGACACAGGGGAGGACAUGGCCUCCAUGACAGAGGGAUUGCCCAGCCUGAGUAACCCACAACUGAUCUCUCGAGGGUCUGACAUGAUGGAGGAAAUAAAGAGGGUGGUGCCAAAUGGAUCCAAUGGACCUAACGGGUCCAACGGGCUAUCCAGCAGAAACACGGGGUCAACUGAAAAGAAGCCCAUCUCACCUCCCACGACUCCGGUCAGCCACUCCUCAGCUUCAUCUCCCUUGACAACAGCAGGGCGGGGUGAUGGUGGCGCUCCUUUGCCCAAACAUGGUCAGUUUGUGCUGCGUGCACCGCAUCCCUCUGAGGCGUCAGAGCUGUAUUAUCAGGAGUCCCACUCUGCAUACGACACGCCACAUUAUCAACCAACCUCAGGUUCCUACUACCAAUCCUCUCUCCAUCCUCCUCACAAACCCUGCAUGGCCCGCUUCCUUCGAUCCUCUAACGUCCCAGAAUCCUCUCUCCCGCCCUCGAUUGGCCCGCCGCCAUCUUCCUAUCCCAAUGACCCACAUGCACCACACCCACCUUCCUCUUCUUCUUCAGGCUUCCCUCCCAGAGAUAGGAUGGGACCUCCUGCCUUUCACCACCACCCGGGGCAGCCUCAGUACGGCCCUCUGGCUCCUGCUCACGGUGUUUAUGCUCCACUCUAUGACAGCAGGAGAGUCUGGAGGCCUCAGCUGUACCACAGGGAGGAUGCCAGGAGCAACUCGCUGCCUCCGGAAGUGCUGCAUUCCUCCGUCUACCAGCCUCCACUCAGGGAGAGAUUCAACUCUUUAGACAGCAACUACUGCUCCGGGAGUGAACACCGUGCAGGACUACACAGGGAUUAUGGCCGCAUUCCUCUCGGCUACGAGGAUUUGUUCAGGAGGAAGCAGGAACAGUGGGCUCAUCAUCGCCACCAUCACAAUGCCAACAGGCUCCAGUCCUCCCCCAUCUUCACCAUCGAUUUUGGAGCUGAGCAUGUGGAAGGCAGCGGAGGUCAGUGCAUGGGGUGCAGGUAUAGAGGUGAGGAGAGUUUAGCCCACUACUCUCCGUGGUCCUGUGGUACCAUCGGCACCUGCCUCAGCCCCUUUGAGCCUGAAACACUCGCACACACAUCGGCUCACUCCUGCUCAGAGCACUCGGAGUUGGACAGUAACGGAGGUGGAGGAGGUGUUGUAAGCAGUAGUGGUGUUGGAAAGCGAUGGCUUCAUUCAUUAGAUCAUUAUCGGCGCUUGAAGGACGAAGACCCGAUCAUUCCCUUUAGUGAGGGGCCCAUUAUCUCAAAGUGGGGGGCCAUAUCCAGGGCAUCUCGCACGGGCUACCACACCACCGACCCCAUCCAAGCUACGGCCUGCCAGGGGAGCGCCAACACCACUCCCAUAAACUUUAAAGAUUACAACCACCACUUGGAUCACAGUGACUACAGGUGGAGCUCCAGAGGAUCAGACUCUUCCAGCCACUCCAGUUUCCUGGAGAGCGAGCAGCUUUGCGCAUCAGAUCUUCACUGCCGUCGAACGUCCAUUAGCAGUGGAGAGAAAAUCGUGUCUGACCUUCAGGCACGUCAGUUUGCCUACAGCCGGGAGCGGGGCCGGGCUGAGAGCGAACCAGACCCGGAGCGAGACAUUGAGCUCGAACUGUGCGCUCUUGACAUGGAGGACUCAGACCACCAGGAGAUCAAGUCUCAGGACUCUUUAGACAUGGCCGCCCCACAGUCUCAGGAUGCUUCCCACUUCCUCCCUCCACCCUGCUCCUCUCCCCUCCUCUCUUCUCCUGUGGAGGAGCUUUCCCAAACAGAAGGUACUCUGACAGAAAAGAUGGACACUCACCUGCUGAAAAAGAUGGCCUUCAGGAAGUCUUUGUCUCCUGGAGGCUUGGUCUCAGGAGGUCUUGGCGUUGGCAAGCUAGUCCUGCGGACUGGAUCUCCUCGACUGGGGGACACUUCUACCCGGGCUUGUCCUGAGACAACCGGGACAGAGAUGCUGCUCAAUGGAAGCUAAGGGGAUACAAAGUCAGACAUUGAUCUGCGGCAAGCGAGAGCCGAGUGGCUUGCCCACUUUCAGAUGGGGGUACCAUUUAUUUCCAGCUUUAUCAAUCAUAUGCCAGAAAACAGCACACAUAUCAUCCUGCCCCCUAAGUCACUAUUAUUAAAAAAUAUACAGCUCCAUAAAUAAUUAGGUGAUAACAAUACCUAUGAAGGCAAAGAUCCUCUCGUCUUAGAUACAGAACUUUUCCUCUAUUUAUUCUAUAUUUCUUACCAUACUCUAUUCUUCUCCCAAUAUUGAUGGUGGUUACCUGAUAAAGUAAACCUAAAUAAUUUACUAAAAUAAGUUAUAAUUGAAUAUAUAUUAAUGUGUUACUAAUAUAAUUGGCUGAAUGUAAAUGCUCACUAGCUUGUGUCUGUUUCCUCCAAAGCAGGCGUUUGUUGGUGACAUUAUCCAAAGCUAUAUUUGAUAAAAAAACAGCAUUUAUUUAUUCCUUUUUGACACCAUGAAUGAAUAUUUGACAAUAAUGUUUAAUUAUUAUUGCUCUCUCUUUAAAUCGUAAUGCAUUUGUUUUCAUAAUCCAAUUUACAUGGUAAUGCCCUAAUUCAGCUCAGUUCUCUUAAUUUAGUGAAUAGCCUUUGUUGUAUUGCUUCUUAACACAAAAUAUAGAGAUAGAUAGGACAAUACUGAUAAAAAAAAGAGCACUCCACUCCGAAAUACAGGUCUCUAUUACUCCAACACUUUGACAAGCUAAUUAUUUCAUAGGUGGAACCCUGAGUUCCCUUGACUGUCAUGAUAUCACACAACACAAUCACACAGUUAUAAAUCUAAAGUGUUAAUCACUGGAGGUUAGGAGGGAUGAAAACAAAACAAAGAUGUUUGCCGAUUUGUACGCAAGCAAAUGUGCCUGUAGUGGUUCUGGCAUUUAAUACCACUGACUGUAAGUUAGGAAAAGUCUCACACUGCUCUUUCUCUCUCACACAUUCACCCACAGAAGUCACAAACAUGCAACGCAGUGGCCUUUCUUUCCUUGGUGUAACAUUGGGCUCUAAGCUGUCAGACACCUGUCCUGUUUCAGAGGUGUUACCUUGAUCUCGAUCUCCAAAAACUGGAAAUUCCAAUUUUUUUGUAAGCUCAUAGCAUUUGGUGUGCUUUCCAGUCUGAUCACCUUAACGUACAAUGUAAACAAUAUUCAGAGGUCAUGUUUUUAAAACUGAAGCUCUCGAAAGUGGGUAACACCACUUCUCGUAUUUCUUCAAGCUGUAUCUUUGUUUUACUUUUUUAAAAGUCUUUGGUUUCUUUUAUUUGAUGCAUUGCUAACUUCUGUGAAGUUGUUUGCCGGCGUAUUUUGUAUCAGGAUCUUUGUUACUCUUUUUUUUGUUUGCUAUGUUUCACAUCACAAACAGACAAAAUGAAUUGUGUUGUCUGAUGUUUCUCUGUGUUUUGCCUGCCAUUUAAUACAUUAGACUGUCUAGUUUACUGUCAUUUUGUGCGGUAUGGGAGAUUUACAUGAAGCCCAGCCCGCCUGGACGGAGCCUACAUAUACAAGAUUUAAAAGUCAUGGCUUUUAAUUACACCUUUUUAAAAAUCCUAUAAGAUUUGUAAAGAAGAACAAUCGUUCCAGUUUCCAAUCCCAUUUUAGAGGAUGGCAGAAUGUCCGUACGUGUCAGGAUUGCUUAUCGACUUUCAAGUUAAAACUUCAUUAACCUGAAUAGAAAAUGAAAUAGUGGUCUGUUAAACGUUUUGGUUUUUUUUCUCUUAUCUUCCACCCACACAGCGGGUAGAUAGGGAAGAAUCGGAAUGAACAAUUUGUGUUAAUACUCUUUUGAAAACUCCGAUGUUCUGUAGGGUAUAUUUCUGAGAUGAAGUCCUGAAAUUAGCUCAGUUAUCUACUAUCGCUCUGCAUCUGUUUACAACUUCACCUCUGAAGUCAUAUAAGUGCCAUGUUGUGUACAGUACCGUACAAUCCCUGCUAUUUUCAGACAGCUUUUCAUAUCCCUCCAGUGUAAACUAUGUGAGGAGGGAAAGGCUUAGUCGAGUUGAUGAGUGAGACACUUCUUGUGUAUUUCUGCUUUGUUCCAUAAGAGGAGGCUAGAUCCGUUCUCGUCUGAAUUGCUCAGGGAAGACUUAACUUGCUCAGCUACUUUUGUUUUUUCUAUAUUCAUCACUUAAAUAUUCUGUAGAAGUGUUAACCUGGAUUUCACUUGCUGAUAAAUCACCCUACCAUUCAAAGCAUAAAGGGUUAAAGAUUAUAUUGUUUGCCAGUGUUUACUUUGCUUUUGCCUCUCAGUAUCAAUAUUGGCUUUGCUAUUCCUGUGCCCAUGGGAAGGGCUGGGCACUAUAUGUUAAAGCAGUAUGGUGAGUAUUGACGUCGAAGUGAUACACCCUGUUUCCAUCAAAGUUUCCAGGGCAUUGAUGUAGUGGUCAUUUGCACUGCACUAAUUCCUGCCCAUUUACACCCAACUUUCCCUCCCUCCACCAAUCCAUCCGCCCUGCAUUCGGCUUCAUGCAUGCGAUAUAGUCCCUCUUGUGAUGGCGGAGGAGUAUUGAUGAUUCUGUAGUUGUGAUACAACACACCCAGCGCUGUAAGAGUUCUGCACAUGCCCACUGUGUGGCCACGUCAAGUGCUGAAGUCUGCUUGCAGCAUUUUACUUGUUUGCUCAUGAAAAUAAUUCUUGUUUGAUAGAGAUUAUAUUAUAGUUAUGACUAUUAUUGUUAUGACCACAUUUGAUUGUCGUUGUGGUAUUUUUCCUUCUAGGUAUAAGUCAGCUUCUUUGUUUUGAAUUGAGAAUUUGCUGAAGUUUUUUAUUAGAUAAAAAAAGUGUCUCAUUAUUCUAUAUUAUAUGGGGGAAAAGCCUGUUUGUUGAUCGUGAGACAUAUGAUGUUUUCUGACUAUUCAUGUCUGUAUUAGACAUUUUAUUUGCAAAUCUAUUGUUCGAUUGAAAUGUAAAUGAACUAUUAAGAGAUGGUACACAUCUAUCAUUGUAUACAGUCUGGCACCAUCAUUAGAUGGACUUAUAUUAUAGACGCUCAUUUAUACGACCUGUAAUAAUCCGAUAUAUUUAAAUGUUUAAAUCAUAGGGGCUGUUGUGUAAUGUUUCGGAAUGAGGAAAAUUUAAACUCCUUAAGAGACAGCAUAUCUUAAAUGUCCCUCUAAUAAAUAAUACUGUUACGUAUUCCAUUUAUUUCCUUGGAAAUAUCACAUUGUGAAAGGAAUCCCUUUUACUGACCUUACGAUAAUGCAGGACUGGAGUUAGUCAAACCUAUGAUGAGACUGAUUUAUGUGCUUUUAAUGAUCGAUGAAACUGUUUGGGUGUUGUUAACUGACUGAUUAUUCUGUGCAUUUUAUGGCUCGUUCAUCUAUAUUACACUGAAUUACAGACAGCUUGGCCGAGCAGCAUAAGGCUUCUGUGUUGCACUAAGAGAUGGAAAUAUGAAAAGGCACAUUAAAUGCAUGCCACAAUAAACCAACAGAAUGUCA